AUUAAAGUUAUGCAAAAAAGGAUAAAUAAUGCCCGAAACUCACAUAAUAGUCCAAAUAGUUAGUUGCUAUUUCCCGACACGAUAAUGGCGGUAAAGUGUAUAUUUGCAGCAAUAACUUUGGUAUCUUCCCUCCUGUUGGUGCAUGCGUCCCAGCUAGAUCGUUUCUUCCCUCCAUAUGAUCAGGAGCCAAAGAUAGAGGAUGAAAUCGAGUUCUUCCCUGUGUCUAACGAGGAUGAAAUGGCUGAAUAUGACUGGGCUCCCCCGAAUAAUGGGGAAGAACUACCGGAUGAUGAUUGGCCAAAUGAUAGCAGCGAAAACUGGAUAGAAAAGAUCACUUUGGGGGGAGAUAUGAAAAGGGGAAUGGAUUUUCCUAGGAAAAAGAAAAGUCAAGUUUUAUGCAAAGUACAGAAGUCCGUCCACCACCAUUUGCAACCCGGAUACGAGUUUUUCCCAAAAUCUUACACAAGCUAUUCCUGUCAGCCUGUAAGCCCUAGAGAGGCCGAAAAUAGGGCCUUAAUGGGAAGUCACGAUACUUGUUACGUCACAGGCGAAAAUUGUAUCACAAUAGAAAAAGAACAACUUUUCUUAAAAAGACGCGAGAACGUCAAUUGUUGGUCUCAUUUUAUUGAAACCGUUGGGGCGGGCUGUAAAUGCUUGUCUAAAAAAUAUUAAAUAUUUUAAAACGAAAAACGCGUUUUAUGUGUAAAGUGGUCAAUGUUGUCAAUAUUUUUUUUGUUUUAGGAUGUAUGCAUGGUUAGAUCCGGCAAAUGUACCACUUUACACAUGAAAAGGUUCUUUUUAAUAAGAAACGCUUUAAAUGACGAUUGCUGGUCCAACCUUACGUCUAUGGAGGUCGAUUCUGGAUGUGACUGCAUAUUUCAUUAUAAAUACAGGAUCCAUUUGUAAUCAUUUUAUUAUUUUAUUCUGUCAUUGUCGCUUAAUAAAGUGAAUUGCAUAUUAA